CUCUCAUUUCCACACAUGAACCUUUCAAUUCCAGCUUCUAGGUUCAAAAGCUUCAGGAUCAACAGGAUCAAGCAUGCCUGCAAACUACAGUGGAACCUGGGACAUAGUGGACAAUCCAAACUUUGAAGGUUACAUGGUGGCUCUUGGAAUUGAUUUCGCCACCCGAAAGAUGGCGAGGAUGCUAAAGCCGCAGAAAGUUUUUGAGCAAGACGGAGACUCUUUCAUCAUUAAAACUUUUACAACUUUCCGCAACUACUCCUGUUCAUUCAAAAUCGGUGAAGAGUUUGAGGAAAUCACCAAAGGACUGGACAACAGAAAAUGCCAGACAACAGUCAACUGGUACAAUGACAAACUUGUGUGUUUGCAGAAAGGAGAAAAGAAGAACAGAGGAUGGACACACUGGAUGGAGGGAGACACUCUUUACCUUGAACUUAGAUGUGAAGACCAGAUCUGCAAGCAAACCUACGAAAGAACUGCUUGAACCAUUGUGUUGAACUGAAAUUCUUGCAAGUUUAUUGAAGAAUAAUAACAUACAGACGGUUUCAGCAUUAAUCAAUUCUCAAACAAGUGAACAUAGCAUUACAAAAAGGGGGGAAAGCAUAGAGGAACGCAAGAGUGUCUCCAAAAAUAUGUCUUGUGAGGAGUCUGUCACUUUUCUUAUUUGUAGCACGUUAAAGCGAUUUGACAAGCAACUUUGUUUCAAUAAAAAAAAA